GGUCAACAAGCAUCAGAAGUCAAUGCUUGAAUCGGUCUUUUCUCCCUUUCCUUUUCUUCUUAUAAUGCAUAUAGAAAAUCUGUAACGCAGUUUCAUUUAUAUACCCAAAUUAAACCUCAAUUACCAUGAAUUUUGACUACAAAAUUGACACUAUCAUUUCUUUAUCAUAAUUAUUUCGUGUAAGCAAACAAUUUGUUCAAUUCCUUCUAUUACUUCAAACCCCCCCUGUUUUUUUCUUACUUUCUUGUUUAGGGUUCUAUAAAGAUCGAUAAAGUUCACUGCUUUUUAUCUGGGUUCUGCUUCAAAGUGUUGGAUGUUCAAGAUUCUGCUGAUUAUUUGAUGGAUAACUUAUGCUGUUUGCCGUUCAGAGGAGGCCCGUCGUCUUAUAGUUCCGGUAAGGGAAAAAACCAUGAAGGUGAUAUCAAGUAUGGGUUUGACUUGGUCAAAGGAAAAGCUAAUCAUCCAAUGGAGGAUUAUCAUGUUGCUAGGUUUGUGGAAAUAGAUGACCAUGAACUCGGGCUUUUCGCCAUUUACGAUGGCCAUUCCGGAGAUCGUGUGCCUUCUUAUCUUCAAAAGCAUUUGUUUGAUAACAUCUUGAAUGAGAGUGAGUUUUGGGUCGACCCAAAGCGAUCGAUAGCGAAAGCAUACGAGAAAACCGAUGCCGCAAUUCUUUCAGACGAUUCUGAUUUGGGACGAGGCGGGUCAACCUCAGUGACAGCUAUUCUUAUGAAUGGUCAAAGAUUAUGGGUUGCAAAUUUGGGUGAUUCUAGAGCGGUUAUUUCGCAAGGUGGUGAAGCUAUACAAUUGAGUACUGAUCAUGAACCAAGUACGGAAAGAAGCAGUAUUGAGCAUAAAGGAGGGUUCGUCUCGAAUAUGCCAGGGGAUGUUCCUCGAGUGAACGGACAACUGGCAGUAUCUCGUGCAUUUGGAGACAAAAGCCUGAAAUCCCAUUUGAGAUCCGACCCUGCCAUUCAAGAUACACUUGUAGAUAACAAAACCGAUCUUCUUGUAUUGGCAAGUGAUGGUCUUUGGAAGGUUGUGGAUAAUCAAGAAGCGGUUGAUAUCGCAAGAAAAAUCAAGGACCCACAGAAGGCUGCUAAGCGAUUAGUAGCCGAAGCUUUGAAAAGAGACAGUAAAGAUGACAUAUCUUGUGUGGUGGUUAGAUUUAGGUGAGAUUUUUUUUUUGUACCUUUUAAUCAUUUUCUGUCUUUUUUUCGUUUUCAUUUUGUGGGUCCGUUUGAUCAUCGCAAACGUACCGUAAAAUGAAAAUGAGAAAAGAUUUAUGUAAAGAAAAACUUAAAUAAUAACGAGAAAAUAAACCCUUUUGGGGAGCUGUGAGUAUGCUAGAUUGGUGAAGAACAUAUUAUUGAGUAGUUGAGAUUAUUGUGUUAUGUAAAUUUGACCCUCGUUGGUGUUUUGUUGACUUGAUUAUUGUAAGAUUAUGAAGACUUGGUGAGCUUGUUUGGAUCUUGGAAUGAAAUAUUACAUUUGUUGGUGGUGUUCA